AUGACUAUUAUUCUAAGAUUUGUUGAUUGUAAUGGAUUUAUUCGUGAACGCUUUGUCGAUAUUAUGAGUGUCGUAGACACUAAUGCCUUGACUCUUAAACAAGAGAUAUGCAAAAUGAUUGAUAAUAACGGCAUUCUAGUGGAAAACAUGCGUGGCCAAGGGUAUGAUGGUGCUAGUAAUAUGUGUGGUUCAUGGAAUGGAUUACAAGCAUUGUUUCUUCAAGAUUGUCCAUAUGCAUAUUAUGUGCAUUGCUUUUCUCAUUGCUUGCAAUUAGCAUUAAAUGGUGUGGCUAAAGAUGUGAAGGUUGUAUGGAGAUUUUUUUCAAUGUUGACUAACAUUGUGAAUUUUGUUAGUGCUUUUGCUAAGCGCUGUAAUGAGUUAAAUUUAAUUCGAAAAGUUGAACUCAAAGAGUUGUUGGAUUCUAGGGAAUUUGAGACAGGUAGAGAACUUAAUCAAGGUCAUAGUUUGAAACGAGCUAGAGCCACUCGUUGGGGAUCUCAUUUUGCCUCUAUUACAAGUUUAAUGAGUUUAUUUAAAGAGACUAAAAUACUUCUUCAGGAAAUCAGUGAACAUGGACCUAACCAACAAUUUCGUGGUGAUGCAGAGAGUAACUAUAUUGCUAUGAUGUCUUUUGAGUUUGGGUUUGCAUCGCUUUUGAUGGAUAAAAUUAUGGGAUUGACCAACUUUCUCUGUCAAGGGCUUCAUAAAAAAACUCAAGAUAUUGUAAGUGCUUUAAACUUUGUUGAAAACACAAAAUCACAGUUCCAAGAUAUGAGGGCACAUGGCUGGGAUGAUUUAUUCAUGAGUGUGGUAUCAUUUUGUGAACAACAUGGUAUUGAUGUUCCUGAUAUGAGAAGAUUUUAUUACAGUUGA